UCCAGCUCAAUCGCCAUCUCUAUUCUCCCUCUUCUCCCACCUCACAAACCGCCAAAAUGUCCAUCCCCGCCUUCUCCGACAUUGCCAAGCCGGCCAACGACCUCCUCAACAAGGACUUCUACCACCUGUCCGCCACCACCUUUGAGUUCAAGGACACCGCUCCCAAUGGCGUUGCCUUCAAGGUGACUGGCAAGUCCAGCCACGAGAAGGCCACCUCUGCUGCUAUUGAGGGAAAAUACACCGACAAGCCUACUGGCCUGACUCUGACCCAGACCUGGAACACCGCCAACGCCCUCGACACCAAGGUUGAGGUCAACGACACCCUCGCCAAGGGCCUCAAGCUCGAGGGUCUCUUCAACUUCCUCCCCGCCACCGCCGCCAAGGGCGCCAAGUUCAACCUGCUCUUCAAGCAGCCCGGCUUCCACGGCCGUGCCUUCUUCGACCUCCUCAAGGGCCCCACCGCCAACGUCGAUGCCGUCGUCGGCCACGAGGGUUUCCUCGCCGGUGCCAGCGCUGGCUAUGAUGUCAACAAGGCUGCCCUGACCGGCUACAGCGCCGCUGUCGGCUACGUCGCUCCUCAGUACAGCGCUGCCAUCACCGCUACUGACAACCUGAGCACCUUUGCUGCUUCUUACUACCACAAGGUCAACAGCCAGGUCGAGGCUGGUGCCAAGGCCACCUGGAACUCCAAGACCAGCAACACCGUUGGUCUCGAGGUUGCCAGCAAGUACCGCAUUGACCCCGUCUCCUUCGCCAAGGUCAAGAUCAACGACCGUGGUAUUGCCGCUCUUGCCUACAACGUCCUCCUCCGCGAGGGUGUCACCCUGGGUCUUGGUGGCUCUUUCGAUACCCAGAAGCUCGACCAGGCUACCCACAAGCUCGGUGCUAGCUUCACCUUCGAGGGUUAAGCUCAGAAAAACCAAAUCUGAUAUCACUGCCAUGAGUCAUUUAGCGCCUACAUACAUGCCUAUAUGUGAGACGUGAGUGGCUAUGUGGCCGAGUAGUUUGCUUCAUUGCCGCAGCUACAUCUCCAACCAAACCUUUAUGAAAACCACAAACCGAACGGAGACUUGACGAUUGAGACUCGGGGGUAGAUAGAAGGAGGAGAAAAUAAAGAAUAUCUUGCGCAAGUGAACAAAAGGCUGUUGUCUGUUGGUUGAGUCUGUGAUGUAUAUUUUGGAGUAUGAUGCGGCAUGCUUGUGUAUAUUACGCUCGUUCUCUGGUACUUAGGUAAUUCUAAUCACGAUUGCUUGAUGAAGAAUGAUAUUGAAUUGCCACUA